AUGGCUAACGACCCUCAGCCAAACUGGUGGAAAACCGGCACUGCAUACCAAAUUUGGCCAGCAUCUUACAAAGACAGUAACGGCGAUGGCUUGGGUGAUAUACCCGGAAUCAUAACAACAUUAGAUUAUCUGAAGAAUCUUGGCAUCGACAUAAUAUGGCUCUCACCUAUGUACGAUUCUCCUCAGAAAGACUACGGGUACGAUAUCUCGAACUAUCAAGGCAUCUACCCUCCGUUCGGGACAAUGAAUGACAUGGACACACUCAUCGAGGAGUGCCAUAAUCGAGGCAUGAGGAUCAUUCUCGAUCUGGUGAUAAACCACACUAGCGACGAACACGCUUGGUUCAAGGAGAGCAGAAUGAACAAGACGAACCCAAAGGCUAAUUGGUAUAUGUGGAAGGAUCCCAGAUAUGUUGAUGGCAAGCGGUAUCCACCCACCAAUUGGAAGUCUAUCUUUGGCGGCAGUGCUUGGGAGUGGGUGGAGGAGAGACAACAGUACUAUUUGCAUUUGUUCGUCAAGGAGCAACCGGAUCUGAACUGGGAGUUGGAGGAGGUACGGCGAGCCAUAUACAAGGAAGCCAUCGAAUUCUGGUUAGACAAGGGAGUUGACGGAUUCCGCGUCGACACAUGCAAUCUCUACAGCAAAGACAUCUCAUUUCCCGAAGCCGCAAUUGCACUGCCAGAAGAAGAAUACCAGCCUGCUUUCAAACACUUUGAGAAUGGACCACGAAUGCACGAGUGGUUACAGGAACAGCGUCGCGAAUGUCUUGACAAGUACGGCGACAUUCUGAUGGUGGGUGAGUGUCCAGCUUCCAGCAUCGAAACGAUCCUCGCAUACUGCUCUCCCGACCGCAACGAGUUUUCUUGUGUCUUCGACUUCGACGUUGUUGACCUAGGCACAAAUCGGACAGUUGGUGGCAAGAAACAUCAAAGCUACAAGCAUCAACUACCUGAGUUCAAGCAAGCAUUGGCGAAGUGUCAGAACUUAAUCCAGGACUUUGGCGCAUGGGGCACGGUGUUCCUGGAGAAUCACGACCAAGCACGAUCUGUAUCCCGCUUUGCAACGGACAAGCCAGAGUUUCGGGAAGCAGCGGCGAAGAUGCUUGCCGUCUGUAUCACUUGUCUCAGUGGAACUCUGUUCAUAUACCAGGGUCAGGAAAUUGGCUCCUACAACCACUCUGCUGACUGGUCAAUCGAGGAUAUCCGCGACAUCGACAGUAUCAACGCCUACAACGACGUCAAGAAUCGUUACGGAAACGAUCCGUUAUGGAACAAGAAGUCCAUGAGGGGCCUAGCAACUGUUGGUAGAGACAACGCACGUCUACCUGUUCAGUGGUCCGCCGAAGCAAAUGCUGGCUUUACCGAUCCCACAGCAACACCUUGGAUCAGGGUACACGACGACUAUAAGAACGUCAAUAUCGCCGAACAGUUACAACGGGAAGACUCACCUCUCAAAUUCUGGCAGAGAAUGCUCAAGUUCAGACACGAGUAUCAGGAUCUCACUAUUCUAGGAGAUUUCGAAUUGCAUGAUUUCUACGAACAAAAGACCUUUAUCUUCGUGAAGAAGCUGAAAGGAGCUGGGAAACGGGGAUCGAGUGAGAAGGAGUUAUUGGUUGGCUGCAGUUUCUCGGAUGAGGAGGAACCUUUUGAUAUGCCUGGGAGGUUCAAGAGCAGGUCUCUUGAGUUGCUUGUUAGCAACUAUGGUGAGGCGAAUGUCGGAAAAUACUUGAAGCCUUGGGAGGCGAGGAUAUACUUGGUCAAAUAG